CCCGCGUUACUCCGCCAUCCAGCAAACAAGCUCUCAAGGCACGAUCUAGCUAACUUGAAUAGACCGAGUAGCGCCAUCGUAAGCAACACCCACAGACCGAUCAUGGCGGCGCGCGCCAUUGUUGUCCUCUCGCUCAUCCUCGCGCUGGUCGCCAUCUCCAGUGGAGGAGCGUCGGCGCAGCUGUCGUCGGGCUUCUACUCCCACACGUGCCCGGGCAUGCUCAAAGCCGUGCGCUCGGCACUGCACCCGGCCAUCGGCAGGGAGCGGCGCGUGGGCGCCUCCAUCGUCCGCCUCUACUUCCACGAUUGCUUCGUCCAGGGCUGCGACGCCUCGCUGCUGCUGGACGACGCGCCGGGCCUGCGUGGUGAGAAGAACGCCACGCCCAACAAGAACUCCGCCAGGGGUUUCGAGGUCAUCGACGCCGUCAAGGCGGCCGUCGAGGAGUGUUGUCCCGGCGUCGUCUCCUGCGCUGACAUCCUCGCCAUCGCCGCCGAGGAGAGCGUUGUCUUCCUGGGUGGCCCGAGCUGGGAGGUGAAGAUGGGGCGGAGAGACUCGACGACGGCCAGCUUCAACGGCGCCGAGAACAACAUCCCACCGCCCACGUCGGGGCUCGCAAACCUUACGUCCCUCUUCGCCGCGCAGGGGCUCUCCCAGAAAGACAUGGUCGCACUCUCAGGAGCGCACACAAUCGGCCUAGCACGCUGCACAAACUUCCGGGACCACGUCUACAACGACACCAACAUCGAUGCCGACUUUGCCAGGAGCCACCAGUCAGGCUGCCCUCGCGCCACAGGCUCCGGCGACAACAACCUGGCGCCGCUGGACCUGCAGACCCCGACCGUAUUCGAGAACAACUACUACAAAAACCUCGUCCAGAAGAGGGGCCUCCUGCACUCGGACCAAGAGCUUUUUAAUGGUGGCGCUGCUGACGCGCUGGUCCGGGAGUACGUCAGUAGCCAGAGCGUCUUCUUCAAGGACUUUGUGGAGGGAAUGGUCAAGAUGGGGGACAUCAUGCCUCUGACGGGAUCCAGUGGACAGAUCAGGAUGAACUGCAGGAGGAUCAACUAAGAUUGUUCUGCCCUUUCCGUGGGAAUAAUUCUGAUACUGUUUCCAUACUUGAAUUCAUAAUGAUUUACCUUUUUCACUUAAACUCAUUUGUUUCCUUUUCAUUUUUAAGGAUAAAAGGCUAAAACAUAUUA